GAGCUGAGGCAGGUGCUGGAGAAGCACUUCCAGGAGUACAGUGACGAGCUGAAGCCUUUCCUCGAGGAGUACUUGGCCAAGCAGCGCCAGCACAUGGAGGAGAUGAGGACCAAGCUGGAGCCUGUGGUCAAGAGCUUGAAGGAGAAGAUCGGAACCAACUGGGAGGAGACCAAGUCCAAGCUGGUGCCCAUCGUGGAGGCUGUGCGCGAGAAGGUGACGGAGCAUCUGCAGGACCUGAAGAACCUGCUGGAGCCCUACAUGCAGGAUUACAGGGAGCAGAUGGAGAAGAGAGCGCUGGACUUCCGCCAGAGCGUGAGUUCUGGAGAACUGAGGAAAAAGAUGGACGAG